GGGGCUCAACGGAUUUAUAAAAUGCGGGGGCGGGGCCACGCGGCUCAGACGCCGGCCGGUAUCGGGAGCGCAGAGCGAAGUGGCGGAGGUCAGAGCGUGCCACCAUGUCACAAGGUCAGGAACCUGUUUUCCCCGAGUAUGAGACAGACACCAGCCAGACAUCGAAGCUGUUAAGAAAAUUUAAAGAGACGCCGUUUGUACCUAUUGGGAUGGCUGGCUUUGCCAUGGUGGUUGGCUAUGGGCUGUACAGACUGAAGCACAGAGGUGACAUGAAAAUGUCACUUCACCUGAUUCACAUGCGUGUGGCAGCCCAGGGCUUCGUCGUGGGAGCUAUAACGUGUGGUGUGCUGUAUUCCAUGUUGCGGGAGUACGUGGUGAAGCCCAAGGAGUAACAGAAAGAUGCCUGAAAUCUCUCUCCUGGUGAUGACCUGUGUACUGCAGCUACAAACCUCAUAUCCAGGGGUUCUUGAGGGAAAAAUUUAUACAUGGUAUUAGCUAAUUGCCCUAUAUUGAUUUUUGUGAUAGUACACUGCCUUGAAGGUGGCAGUUUAAAUGAUUGUGCACCAAGGGAGCGGGUAUUGGAGUCUGGUUCUUUGAUUGACGCUACUGUAUCCCGGUUUUAAGGGGGUACAGUAGAGUACAAUCCCAUCAUCUUCUUCUUGAUAGUAAACUCAGUGCUAAAAUUGAUGACUGCUUUUUGCUGUCGUUGCCCAAACCCACAAGAGUCUGAGCUAGGUUUAGUCACAGGCAGAACGUGGAGGCUGCAUCUGUACGAUCGUGUCGUGAAUGCUUUGCUGUCACUUUCUAUCCUGUAUAUUUGUCAGUCUUCAGCUUUGUAAUUUAGAAGCUUCCAGUAGCACUAAAUGACUUCUGAAAUAUUGAGAGAGAUAUACAUCUAUUUUUUUUUAUUUAAGACAUGAAAUAAUUAUAUAGUAUGUCGUAGCUAUUUAAAUGUUAUAUUUAUUCAUUGUUAACGAAGACACAGACUAUUUUUACUAUAGAUUUUCAGAUUCUUGGACUACUACUAUUUUGUAACUUUUAAUUUACAGUGUUCUUCUGAAUAACAUUUAAAUGUAACAUUUAAAAUACAUAUUGUGCAAACUAAACCUUGAUUUGGUGUUCUAAUGCUUUUAGUUAAAGUAUGCGAUCUGGCUCUGGUUUCUGCAGUAUCACUCCUCAUAGAAGUUUAUAAACAUUUAAAUCUGAAAAGCCCUCAUCAUCCUCAGUGAGGUGUUCAGACCCUUCUCUGUAAAUUGCCACUGUUGUUUAACGCUCGAACCCCUUGUAUCUCCAACAGCAGUCACAAAAAUAAAUGUGUUGAUAAAGCCGAUUUGCAAAAACCUCAUUUUC